CAUCGCAAUGAAAUAGUAAUGGGCUUCGCUGAAUUCUUAAAACGGUAAUCUCAUCUGCCAUUAGCAGCAUCGUUAAUGCUUGAAUUGACUAAGACCUACAAGACAAGUAGAGAGCUACUGCACUGUGAAAGGAGUUCGUCAGUGUUGGCUCGUGUUGCUGGUCAGAGUUGUACCACACUGGGAAUGCUGGGUGAUGCUGAUGAAUGUACAGACUAACUGCAGAAGAAAAAAAAGAAUCUAAGCUGACGAUACGAAAACUUUGGAGGUCAAACAUGAUGGUCGGAUGGACCACAUUAGCUGUCGGUGCGGUUCUACUUUUUAUAAUUUCUGUGGAAGUCGCCACCGCAUCGGCCCGAGUAUGCUACCUAUCAACGGAACCGAACCCGGCCGACGGGGGUAGGACUCGCUUCGUCCUGUCGACGGGCGAUCCCUGCACCUGCACCGAGGUCCGUUUGGGCGGCCAUGUCACCCACCCGAUACCCAGAAGCAACCCGCCGGUCUACCUGGACAACCUGUCGGCUGUCAGCGUCGACGGAGUCCGGAGCUCGCAGGGAUGUGCGAUGAGAGAGCCGACAGCGGUACCGGCAAUCGCCACAUCAGGCCCUGAUCAGACACAAGCAGGGACACCGUCUGACCCGGAGUCCACCCCGGUAUUCAGCACGAGUGCGCCACAGCCGCCGCGAGCAGAUUGCCAAGAAUUUUUGGAUGCUGGUCAGACAACCAGCGGUGUGUAUACCAUCCAGCACGCAGGCCAGAAAAUGCAGGUCUACUGCCAGAUGAGGUCGGGGAAAGGAUACAUAGUGUUUCAGAGACGCCUGGACGGUUCGGAGAGCUUCGACCGAAACUGGCAGGAGUACACCGAGGGUUUCGGGAAUCUGACCGGUGAGUUCUGGCUGGGCAACCAGAACCUACGCGCCCUGACAGAACCUCCCUCGGAGACCUGGGAACUGCUGAUCACGCUGACAUCAUUCAGUAACGAAGAGGAGCAUGUUCAUUAUGGCGACUUCAGUAUAAGCGGGGACAGGUACGCCCUGGACGUGGACGACUAUGACAGCAGUGGACAAGCGGGAGAUUCGCUAACCGACUCGCAUCAGAGGUUCUUCACGACGCGCGACCAAGACAACGACGACUCGGGAGGACUCAACUGUGCCGAAACAUUUAAGGGAGGGUGGUGGUACAAGAAAUGCAAAGCACUCGGCAGCAACCUGAACGGCUUGUACUACAGCAGUCCGUCAGUCGGUGAAUAUUUCGGGAUCCAGUGGGUUUCCUGGAAGGGUGAAACAUACUCACUCAAAUCGUGUGAAAUGAAAAUGCGACGCAAUCCCACUUUGUCUGGUCAUGUUGGGGGUUAACGAAACGGCAAACAGCUACGGCUAUUCGCCGUAGAGUGCCAUAGUGGCCAAGACCGACGCCUUACGAUCAUGUUGGAUAUUCUUUGAGGUCUCGGCUUCAGGAAUGGCUCCAACUUGUUCUGUAUCCCGGAACUAUUUUCAAACUUUCUGUGGUGUAAUACAAUUAUAUAAACCACCAACAGUUUUCUUCAUAUCGAUUUUUUUGUGAACCUUUUUUUUUCAAUUUUUGUUUUAGUUAUUUGAUAUCGAGGACAUUGGAUUAAAACAAAAAUUGGAGGCUGAUUUUUGUUCGAGGGGAAUAAAAGUACAUGUUUAGUAAUAGUACUCUGUGAUAAAGAAACUCAAGUUAUCAAAAUGAUGUUACUCAUAUUAGAGAUAUAGUAGGCCUACGCUGACCGUCCUCUUCAAUAAAUCAAUUUCGUUCCUCUGCCAAAUUUUCAACUUUUGCGAUUCGUUUAAGCGAAGAUCGAAAACUCACUCAAUGCCCUGAAAUAGCCUUUUUAAAAACUCAGAUGGUUCAGUUGUUCUUUAUGCUCAUUGUGUCCAAUCUGUGAUUCAAUUUGCGGGUUCGACUUUUAAUUAGUUAAUUAAAGAGCAAACAAUGUCGAUACAUUUUCUGAUACAUUCUUGAGACAUUAUAUUAACUGACUUCUUUUUAAACUAAUUUGCAUGAGUGUGAAGCUGAGUUGUUUAUUAAAAUAUUUACCAUGUAGUUAAUUAGUUCAUAUGCAUAUAAUGAUUAUAGUACAUAUAAAACUUUUUUUCUAUUCCAAAGACCGCCUCUAACAACAUUCCAGGGCCCUGAAUCUCCCGAUUGAUAAGAUUUAUUGCCUCACAAGAACGCCUGCUCGAUGUAUAGAAUGUUUGGUCGUGUUUUUCGAUUUUUUUUUUUUUUUGCAUGGGGCUUCAACUCCCAUAGGAAUGCAUGUGUGACUUAAUAAUUAUCUCCAUGUUUACAAUACAAGUAGGGCACUCAGAAAAAGGGGCAUCCUUUGCAAACCACUAAACAGUAGCAAAUAGCUUGCAAAUUCAUGGUCAUUAGCCCCAACCUCGUUCCCAGGGUGCAA